AUGCGCGCGUGUACCACGCGGCAACGGCCGCCGACGGAGCGCGAACGACGACUCGGUUCGGGGCCGAUUCCGAUGACGGCCGAACGUCGCCGCCGCAGCGAGGUCGUCGAACCCGGCGACGCAACAAAAGCCGCUUUGUGUCGUGGUGCUCUCAAACGCUCGCUCGAUCGCUCGUUCGCCGCUCAUCGCUCAUUUCGCCGCAGCGGGCGCGGCGUGCGCGUACGACGACCGCGGCGACACGACAAUAAACGAAAUGAUAAAAACGCGACGGCGGCGGCCCUCGCUCGCGAAACGCACUCUUCCCUCCAUCCUUCCCCGGCCAACCGGCAACCAGCAGCGAUGAAAAUGUUAAUAUAA